AUGAUAGAUGCACAAUAUGAUGCAGACAGUGAAAAGAAUGGGAUUAUGACUAGCAUCUUUGGCUAUAUCUGUUGGAUUCAAUAUCCGGCUGGAAGGUUAAAAAAAGUUGGCCCACCAACUAUACAACCACUAGGAUCUGAACUCACACUUGUUGAAAACACAACACUGGAAAUAUCUUGCAAUGGAGCCUUCGUUCUUGAGUGGAUUUAUCCCGAACACUUAGCUGUAGAAAACCGAGCAGAUAUUACGAGAUUUCCCUGCAAGGAUUGUGAACCCCAGUUAAAACAUUCCAGUGUACUCCGAGUGGAGUCAGCACAAUAUAAGGAUACUGGACAGUAUUUGUGUGCCUACCUGAGAUACUCGGACAAUUUGACCAGUGAUGUGUCUUCUCAGGUGUAUGUUUAUGUCUCAAGCAACGAUCCUGAGAAACUUUUGCUACCAGUGGCUGAUCACAAUAUUUAUACUAGUGGUGAAUCACCAUUCACCAUUCCCUGUCGGACAACUAACUCAAGGACUGAAGUUUCUCUGGUCAUUGGAUUUACGACGGUUACGAACCAGGAUGAAAGUACCUUAGUCUUCGAUCCCAAGAUUGGAUUUAAUGUUUUGGCUAAUCAGGAAUUGUACAAUGGAUUUGUUACAUGCGAGGCACGCCUGGGAAAUAUGCUCCAGCAGCAGAUAUUCACUGUGCACUAUGAAGUCCAUAGUUCCCCAGUCAAGCCUGAGAUACACGCCAGCAAGACUGAAGUGAUACAGGGCUGGGAAGGGUUUGAUGUGAUGUGCGAGGUGGACGUGCCAUCAAGAAGCCAUAUUGAACUCAGCUGGGAAUAUCCAGGAAAAAGGAUUUCAAGUUUGGAAUUCAACUACCGAGAGAAAUCUUCCCGUCAGAUCAGUGAGUCUGAGCUACAUCCCCGCAGAUUCAGCAGCAGACUAUUCAUCCAGAAUGCCACUGCCUUUGACAAUGGAACCUUUACUUGCAUAGCCAGCAAUCAGAUUGGGAGUCUCUCUGCAGCAGUUAACAUAACCGUCUUGCCGGGAGAACACUUGUUCAAAUACGGCCCUCCUAACAUCCAAGGAGCCCCUCUCCAUCUGAACAUCAGUCAGGGUGAGAUGCUGGAACUCAACUGCUCCGGUGCCUACACCAUGGAGUGGAGUUACCCUCAGAGCAUCCAGACUCAUGUAUUAUUAUCCUCUCGUGCUUGCCCAACGUGCCUCCCUGCCUCCCAGCACACCAGCAUCCUCCGUGUUGAGAACGUUGGCUACAGUGACUCAGGGACUUAUCAGUGUAUCUAUAGCCGAUAUAUGAAUCAUAUCAACAGUGGAACGGUCAGCCAGGUGGAUGUGGCAGUUAUUGGAAAUGAUGCCAGCCUUCUCCAGGUUGGUCCCCCUCACAUCGAUGUCGACUCCUCUGAAGUCGUCACAACGGAGAACUCCACAGUGGAAGUGAGUUGCACUGGGGCCUUCACUCUCGAGUGGCUGUACCCAGACAGUGUAGCACCCAGAGUUAAACCUACAUCAGCGGCUUGCCCAACGUGUCCGAGAGCACUAAGGCACAAGAGUGUGCUGAGGAUUGAGACCAUGGAGUACACAGACACAAGCCUGUACCGAUGUGUGUACGGCAGAGACUCUGAUAGCAUCUCUGAUGAAACAUCGGCAGAGAUUUAUGUGUUUGUAAAGAGCCCAGACAAUUUGUUUCUGCCUCUUCUUGACAACGAAAACUCCCUCAUCAUUUUCGGAGACGAGCCAUUUGUUAUACCAUGUCGGGUCACAGACCCCAGCGCCACGGUCACUCUGACCUACGAGCAGGACACUGUAAGAACAGGGAAGAGGCAUGGGGUGACCUUUGACCCUCGCAUCGGCUUCUCCGUGACUGGCCGAGAUUGGGACGGUGUAGUGGCUUGUGAAGGAGUCGCAGAGGGCCAGUCGCACCUUCAGCUGUUUGAGGUUCAUCUCGUUGACACAAAGAACCUGUUCCUGCCCAUCAGUGAUCAGAACCUCCUCGCCAGCAACACCGAGCCCCUGAUCAUACCGUGCCGCGUUGCAGAUCUCCGCACCAAAGUCUCCCUGAUGAUCGAGUACAACACCCUGGUGGAGCAGGACGGGGUAACGGUCAUCUAUCACCCAAGUGUUGGCUUUAAUGUGACGGCUAACCAGGAACAGUUCCAUGGAUUCGUCUUCUGCGAGGGGCACCUUGGGAGGGUCCAACAGCAGCAAAUGUUCACUGUGACUUAUGAAGUGAGUGGGCCGAUACCCAAGCCUGAGGUGUACGCCAGCAAAAGAGAAGUGAUCCAGGGCUGGGAGGGGUUUGAGGUGACGUGCGAGGUGGAUAUGCUAUCAAGAAGUAGCCUAGAUCUCAUAUGGGACUACCCAGGAAAGGGGAUGCCUGAUGUGGAAUACAACUAUCGAGAGGAGAAAACAUCUCUCUUGAUCAGCGAGCCGUUGAGUAUCUCUCGCAAGUUCAGCAGUACCCUGUACGUACUGAACACCACUCAGCACGAUAACGGCACCUACUUUUGCACAGUGCAAGCCAACGAGGAGGCUGUCACAUCAGAGAUAGACAUUCAUGUUUUGUCUGGAACCCGCCUCCAUGAAGUGGGUCCUCCACAUCUUCAAGACGUCACAUCCUCUCCUCUUAGCAUUUCCAGGGGAGAGGUCCUGGAGCUUACCUGCUCCGGCGCCUACACCCUAGAGUGGAUCUACCCCCAGAGUAUCCAGUCCCAUGUCUUCUUGUCAUCCAGAGCUUGUCCUAUGUGCUCUUCAGCAACCAAACACACCAGCGUCUUACGGGUUGAGAGUAUUGAAUACAGUGAUUCUGGUAACUACCAGUGUGUGUACAGUCGCUACAUGAACCAUAUCAACAGCGGUACAGCUGUGCAAGUUGAUGUUCUUGUCACUGGGAGAGAUGGCAGUCUUCUCGAUGUCGGACCCCCACAAAUUCUGACCAACUCUUCCGAGAUCGUCAUCACGAGCAAUGACACGAUGGAGUUAGAGUGUACAGGUGCCUACACCCUUGAGUGGUUAUUCCCAGCCAGCGUAGCCCCCAGGGUCAUAUUGACUGCAGUAGCUUGCCCAACGUGUCCCCAGUCUGUCAGAUACAGGAGCAUGCUUCAGAUUGAUCGAAUGGAGAGUCGAGACACUGGUUCAUAUCGAUGUGUGUACAGCAGGCAGCUCAACAGCAUCAGCAAUGAGACAUCAAGUGGGAUUUAUAUCUACAUCAAAAGUUCUGACAGCUUAUUCCUGCCACUUCUGACGAAUCAGAACGUCCUAGCAGUUCUUGAGAAUGAUCCUUUUGUCAUACCGUGUCGUGUGAGUGACCCUCAAGCCACUCUAACCCUGGACAUCAACGACCACCAGAUGCUUGGUGCAGAGGUAGGGGCGUGGUAUGAUCCACAGGUAGGCUUCACCAUGCCACCUGCCAGCUGGAGUGGACGUGUGGUGUGCUAUGCUGAAGCUGGGAAUGUAAUGGAUGAACAGGCUUUUACACUCAGCCUGGAAGUCGGCAACGCUCAAGAUCAGCUCAACAUCAUGGGUCCUCCUCGCUUCCAGGGUACCCCGUCCCAUAUGGCCAUUGUCGAUGGAGACACCCUGGAGCUUACCUGCUCUGGUGCCUACACCUUGGAGUGGAAUUACCCUCAAAGUAUCCAGGCUCAUGUGCUCCUCUCUUCCAGGGCUUGCCCGACCUGCCCGACUCACUCUCAACAUACGAGUGUUCUUCGUGUUGAGAAUGUUGGAUACAGCGACUCUGGGAACUAUCAGUGCAUGUACAGUCGGUAUUUGAAGCAUACUAACGGCGAAACAGCCACACAAGUUGCUGUGAUUGUAACCAGUAAUGAUACCAACCUUCAUCAUGUAGGAGCCCCCAUCAUCCACAUUGAAACCCCCGAUCUUACAGUCACUGAGAACUCAACAGUUGAGCUGAACUGCACCGGAGCCUACACCUUAGAAUGGAACUAUCCUUCCUCUACAGCCCACAAGAUUACCUCUACCUCCACAGCUUGUCCAACCUGCCCCCCUGAUCUGCGUCAUCAGAGUAUCUUGAGGAUCGAGGACAUGAUGUCAUUUGACACCAACGCUUAUCAGUGCGUCUACAGCCGCUUCUUGGGUAAUGCGAACAACGGUACAUCCGCCGAGGUCUAUAUCUUCGUACGGAGCAACGAUCCUUCAAAGCUAUUCUUUACUGAGUCACCUGAUAUGUUCACUUCCCUCCACGUCCUGGAGAAUGAGCCGUUUGUCGUCCCGUGUCCAGUCAGCGAUCUAGAGGUUCCUGUUAGACUCCUCCAAGGUGAGGUAGAUGUAGGGGAACAACUGGGGGCAGUGUUUGACCCUAAGGUGGGCUUUAAACUCCAGCCCAACGAGUACCAUGGACUAGUAUCAUGCUCUGCUUACUCUGGUGACAGUCACACCGAGCAGAUAUUCCUCCUUUUUUAUGAAGCUAAAUCAAGCAAUCCAAAUCCCCAUGUAGUUGCCAACAAACAACAAGUUCUUCGAGGCCAAGAGGGUUUCAGGGUGACAUGUACAGUAGACUUGCCACUCGGGAGCUCUGUGACAACAACCUGGUCCUACCCAGGCAAAAGGAGCAACCCAUCCAGUUCUAACUACAGCGUUAAAACAGCCACUGAAGAAGUUGAGGAAUCUUACGAAGGACAGAGCAGAACCAUCCAUCGCUUCACCAGCGUGCUGCACGUGAAGAACGCCACCCUGCAUGACGAUGGAGAAUAUACAUGCACAGCUCAAAACUACAAGGGAAAAAAGUCUGUCUCACUCAAUGUUACAGUUCUAGAUCCAGGGAUGUUAUUCCUACCGUCUAGCGAGCGCAUUGUCAAGGCAGACGACCUCUCACCCUUUGUUAUUCCCUGCCGCACCGCCAACCUCAAUGUCCAAGUGUCCCUGGUCAUUGGCUAUGAGUCUGUGGUCGUCCAAGAUAACCACACGGUCAUCUAUGACCCUAAGGUGGGCUUCAAUGUGACAGCCAAUCAGGAGCUGUUUGAUGGACUCGUACGCUGCGAGGGACAACUUAGAAACAUUCAGCAACAGCAAAUAUUCACAGUGUAUUAUGAAGUCAACAGUCCGCUUGCCAAACCGAAGAUACAAGCCAGCAAAACUGAGGUGAUCCAGGGCUGGGAAGGGUUUGAGGUGACGUGUGAGGUAGAUAUGCCAUCAAGAAGCAGUCUAGAUCUCAUAUGGGACUAUCCAGGAAAGGGGAUUGCAGACUCUGAAUCCAACUAUCGAGAGGAGAGAACGUCACGUCACAUCACUGAACCCUCCAGGAUCUACCAGAAGUUUGUCAGUCACCUCUUCGUUGCCAAUUCUACAGAGUACGACAGCGGGUUGUACGUAUGUAUGGCAAAGAAAAACCUGGAGAGUGUUUCAACAGAGAUUCACAUCAAUGCAAUACCUGGAGAUGAGCUUCGAGAGAGGGGUCCUCCCCGCUUCCAAGGUUCCCCGUCCCAUCUGACCAUCAUCGAUGGAGACACCCUGGAGCUUACCUGCUCUGGUGCCUACACCCUGGAGUGGAAUUACCCUCAGAGUAUUCAGGCCCAUGUGCUCCUCUCCUCCAGGGCUUGCCCGACCUGCCAGACUCACUCUCAACAUACGAGUGUUCUGCGUGUUGAGAAUGUUGGAUACAGCGACUCUGGGAACUAUCAGUGCGUGUACAGUCGGUACAUGAAGCAUAUUAAUAGUGGAACGGCCAAACAGGUCACCGUGAUCAUCACCAGCAAUGACACUCACCUUCACAAAGUGGGAGCACCCAUCAUCCACAUAGACACGCCUGACCUGAUAACCACUGAGAACUCCACUGUCACGCUUACCUGCACUGGAGCCUACACUCUGGAAUGGCUGUACCCUUCGUCCCUCGAGACUGAAAAGAUUACCUCUACCUCCACGGCGUGUCCAACCUGCCCCCCUGCCCUCCGUCAUCAAAGCAUCUUGAGAAUUGAGAAGAUGAUGUCGAUGGACACCAAUGCGUAUCAGUGCGUCUACAGCCGGUUCUUAGAUAACAUCAGCAAUGACACAUCUGCCGAGGUCUACAUAUUUGUACGUAGCAACGAUCCAAGCAAACUUUUCCUGUUUCGUAAACCUGACAUCCAACCCGCUCUCAACAUCUUUGAGGGUGAGCCGUUUAUUGUCCCCUGUCAGGUCAGUGACCCCACGGCUCACGUCAUGCUCGAGAAAGACAGCAGGAAUGUUGGGGAGGAGGUUGGAGCAGUUUAUGACCCUAAGGUUGGCUUCAGAGUCCAGUCCAGCCAAUGGCAAGGCAUCCUGGCUUGCACUGCUUACUCUGGUGUUAAUUACACCAAACAGAUAUUCAUCACAUUUUUUGAAGCAAUAUCCUACAUGCCAAGUCCACAGGUUUUUGCAGAUAAACAGCAAGUUCUACAAGGGCGUGAGGGUUUCCAAGUGACAUGUGUCGCAGAGGCACCGCUCAGCACCUCCAUGACAGAAACAUGGUCCUAUCCCGGCCAGGGGAGAAACCAAUCUGAGACCAGCUAUGAGAUACAGCAAACCUCCUCAGAAGAGACCCAACUCCACAAGGGUCAAAGCAGAUCAUUCCGUCGCUUCACCAGCGUGCUUCAUGUGAAGAAUGCCACAAAGUAUGAUGAUGGAGAGUAUACAUGCACUGCGCAAAACUACAAGGGAAAGAAAUCCGUCUCACUGAAUGUAACUGUCCUAGAGCAUGGUUACAUCCGAAUCAAAGCUAUCCGAAGUCAAUCCAGCGAAGACCCGAUGGAGGUUGUACGUGACAACUACGGCUUCCGUAUCUCCUACUACUUUGAGGGCUACCCCAGGCCAAAGCUCAACUGGCUGAAGGACGGCAAGAACCUCUCAGAGAGUAAUAUCCCCAACGACUACAAGACGAGGUUCAGGGACGACAUUGCCCUGGUGCGCUUCUUCGAGGUGACGGAUGCGCACGCAGGCAACUACACAUUAGUAGCUAGCAACAAGGACGUUACUGUUACAGAGAAUGUAGUCGUGGUAGUAAAUGUCAAACCAGAGGUGAGCAUCACUUCCUGGCCGCUAACGACAAACACUGAUCCUCCCCUCUACACGCUGGAUACAAUGUACCACUUCAACUGCAGCGCCACUGGACGACCCAUGCCGACAGUACACUGGAAGUUCAUGGUGUGUCCCAACAUCUCCAACGUCUGCAACAGCAACAAGAAGAACAGUCGCUGGACCCCGGUGGAGAGCGACCAAGUGCCGGGCCAACAGGCAUUGCUUCAAGUGGCUGCCUCGUACCCAAGGAUCUAUCGCUGCUGUGCUGAGUCUCCUAAAUUUCCCUCACCUGAUAACAACUGUAAAGACAUUCACUUCAGAGUUACUGAUAUACCCAUGGGAUUCUCAGUUGUAGCUGACAAACCCACUCCAUUCCAGGGUAGUCUUGUGACCCUCCGCUGUAAGGCAAGCACCUACGUCUUCAAGGGGAUCCAGUGGCAGUUUGUUGGUCCACACAAUCAGACUCGGCAACAGCAAGACAACUGGCACAUCGAGACCAAGCCGGAGGGUUUCUCUAAGCAGUCUGUGCUGACGUUGAGUAACGUUACUGGGAGUGAUACUGGGUACUAUCAGUGCUAUGCACAGGAACGGAGAGGAGAGGUGAAGAGGAUGGAAGCGGUGUAUGUGGAGGUCCAGGAGCACAUAGCGCCUGAGGUCCGCACAUCCCCCAGAACCCUGGAACUUGACAAGGACAUCGACAAGAUCUCCCUGAGGUGUAAAGCCACCGGUACCCCUCUACCCACCCUCAGCUGGAUCAAAGACGGCAGGAACCUAACGGCCGAUAUCCAUCUAGAAGAGACGUCUCAUGGGCGAGUCUUGCGGCUUGAGAGAAGGCGUAUCAUAAUCAGCGAUAGUGGGUCGUAUAUUUGCAUCGCUACAAACCCUUCCGGGAGUCAAAACAGCACAGUGGAGAUAGUGGUCCAAGAAAGACCUAAAUUUGAGAAGAACCUUCCCUCUACCAUCAAGGCAGUACCAGGCAGCAACGUUACCCUCUCUUGCUCAGCAACAGGCACCCCCAAACCCUCCGUGGUGUGGACCCGUAACGUCAAAGGUGUCAUCCAGCCUGUGCUCAGUAAGCUGUAUAGCAAUGAGGAGAAUGAGUUGAGGUUUGUUGGGGUGUCACUGAAGGACCAAGGGUUAUAUAGCUGUCUUGCUGAAAACAACAGGGGAUCAGCGGUCCGGAAUAUCACCCUUGAGUUAGAUACUUCACUGCAGUUGCCGUAUACUAGUGGGACCUCUCCGCGUGACAUUGUUGUAAUAGGCGUUAGUUGUUUCGUCGUCCUCAUGGCUGUUCUCUUUGUUGUUCUAAGAAUAAGACGGACAAAGCAAAAGUACAUUGCUGGAGGUGAUGACAUGUUACUGCCAAUAUCACUGGGUCAAGUUGCUGAUCUUGAAGAUAUCUGUGACCACCUACCAUAUGAUCCAAAGUGGGAGUUCCCUAGAGAGAGGCUGAAACUAGGUUCCAUCCUCGGCCAGGGAGCCUUUGGUAGAGUGGUCAAAGCAGCUGCCUUUGGUAUUGACAAGACUCAGAAUUGUACGACAGUUGCCGUUAAGAUGCUAAAAGAAAAUGCAACUGAUCUUGAGCGGAAAGCCCUGAUGACCGAGCUGAAGAUGUUAAUCCACAUCGGCCCUCACCUCAACGUGGUUAACCUGAUGGGUGCCUGCACAAAGAUGGAUCUGCUGAUCGUUGUUGAGUUCUGCGCAUACGGUAACCUCUCAGACUACAUGCGAAGCAGACGUGACUCCUUCGUGAUUGAAUCCAAGACCCCUCAGCGUCUUAUCCCACAGCUCCUUCCGGGACCAAGCAGUAGGGGUGCCUCGGCAGAGCCAGACAGCCCAGGGCUCUCCCUGGAUGUAGAGGAGGAUGAAGACGAUGACGUCUUCACAUUCUGUGAAAAGAAGGAACCCCUGACGCUCAAGGACUUGCUUUGUUUUGCCUUCCAGGUUGCUAGAGGAAUGGAGUUCUUGGCAUCCAAGAAGUGUAUUCACAGAGACCUGGCUGCUCGCAACGUCCUACUAACAGAGGAUAACAUCGUGAAGAUCUGCGAUUUCGGCUUAUCACGGGACAUCUAUCACGAUCCUGAUUAUGUGACACGAGGAGGGGGUCGUCUUCCAAUUAAAUGGAUGGCACCAGAGUCAAUCUUUGAUAAAGUCUACACAACAUACAGUGACGUGUGGUCAUACGGCGUCUUUAUGUGGGAGUUAUUUUCACUCGGCGGAUCCCCAUACCCGGGAGUACAGGUGGACGAGGAAUUCUACAACCGCUUAAAGAACGGCUAUCGUAUGUGUGCACCCGAACAUGCACCACAAGAAAUUUAUCACAUCAUGUUAGAAUGCUGGAACACAGAGGCUAAGGACAGACCAGACUUCAGUGAUCUAGUCAUUAAGCUGGGAGAUCAACUGGAGGCUAAUGUCAUUCAAGAGUAUUUGGAUCUGAAUGUUCCCUUUGAGAUUGAGAAUGCUAGUCGUCCCUCCACACAAUACAUUGAGAAAGAUCCUCAAGAGCUGGAACCAGUAGUCACUCUCCCACCAGAGAUGGUCCAGGCAGAGAAAUCCAGCAAGGAUGCAGAGCCCGGCGCCAAGGAGGACGGGGAAGCAGUUGCAGCAGAGGGAGCAGACGCAGUGGAAGUAGAGAUUCAAGAUCCAAGACCAGUGUGCCCAAGCUUGGACGGACGUUUUAGAUUAGCCAACCGAUUACAAGAACCCAGCAAGGAUACGCAGUGUGUGGUGCAAAUAACAAACAAUGAGGCUAAGGCCAUGGAGCAAGCAGGAGCAUCUUCGGGUGUGGUCAGUGCAGAGAUUGCCGUCCGCAAAGAGCAAACUCAUCUCACCGAAGCCGUAGCGGGCAGUGAGAGUCACUUGAACGAUAGCCACAUCAGCGAAACCACUCUCUUAAUGGAGGAGGGACGCGACUCCCUCAGCUCUCUGGAGAAAGUCGAACUAGAAGGACUUGAGAGCAGUCGGGAUGCGUUCCACAGUCGUAGCCGCGGCAACAGUAAGAGUGAGGAGUCAGUUUCUUCAGACUCCUCCAGCGGGUUUCGCUCUGGUGGUUAUAUCUCAGAUGCAAACGAAGAUGAACCUCCACCGGAAUACAAUAAAGUCAUGCAGGUGGUGACUGUUCAUUUCUGAGUAUUCAAAUUAUAAGAUAUAUACAGAUAUAUAUUAUAUUCUCCAUCCACAUGAGUUUUCCUUGAUGUAAAGCAGCUUGUUUUCAUUUGUCCCCGACAACGGUGGAGUGGAGAAAGAAAUCCACUGUUUGCCUUAAGAUGUUACUUCCAUUUUCUAAUUCAAAUAAAUCAUGAUAUUUGAUGCCACUAAAUUGCCUGCUUUUGUUCUUUGAUAUUUUUUUUACAUCAGGUUUUUUAUAGAACAAAAAACUGCCGACAUCUCAGUGAUUAACCCAUGGCAGUGGUUGAAAGGAACUUUCACUUCCCUUUUAGCCCUGAUACAUGUAACUUCUUGAUCGUUCAUCAUGCUAUUUUCGAAAAAGAGUUACAAGCCAAAGGUGUUUUUUAAAUCUAUCAACUUGUAUGUCUUCAAGAGAUUUAUUUUGCCCCCCCCCCCCCCACCAAAUGAAGAUGUUUUACCAGUGCCUGUUUCUUGUUAGUUUUCACUGACAGAUUGUGUAUAUAUUAUGAUUGUUUAGAUGCAAAAGCAACAAAUCUGUCAUCCCACACACUGUUCUAAAGAUAAGAGUUAAUUCUCACAUAAGUGCCUUAACAAUUUUUCAGAAAUAAUGUUCUGAUCUUGAAGUGUAUUUAAUGUCUCCUUUCUAUGCACAUCAAUAAGCUUUUAUAAAAAGUACAAAUUUUAUUGACUUUUAACCAUGUUGGAAAAAACCCAGCUAUGGGUUUUUUUAAUUUACAAACAACCAUUCUUAAAAGGUGCCUAAUCAUGGAAAGUGCUUAUAAGCAAUUAUAUAUUUUAUACAAUUAGUUGAGAAAAAAAAUAUUAAUUUGAAAAAAAUAAAUGCCUUUUCAAUUUCCUUUUUUAAUGAAUCUCAACCCUUAUAUUAUUCAAACAUAUAUAUUUGAGAUUAAUAAAAGAAAAAAUUUCUUCUACCUCAUGUGUUAUCCACUGCCACUUAAAAAGUUAUCUACAUUAGACAUUAAAACUGAAGAUAAAAGUAAAACUAAGAUAAAGAAACCUUAACUACUGGGAGAACCAGUUUAGGGGAAGAUAAAUAUUACUGUUAAAUUGUUUCAUUCCUGUAUGAAUUGCAAGAUGUUUGGCAACUUACUCCACUGUCAGUUAUAAUAUCACCUACAGAAAUACAUGUAGUUUGGCAGUAUAUAAUUAGUUUUGUUUCCAAUAUUUGCCAAACUUUUUCCCUUUGCCAAACUUUUUCCCAUUUUUGUUUGUGUUCACUAUUUCUGGACUAAGAUUAAUAGCCUGUUUUCAAACUUUCCUUCGCAGAAAAGUAAACAAUUACAUAUCUUUUGUUGCUUUGCCUGCCAAAGAAACACAGUUAUUGUUAAGCACUUGUCUUGAAGUAAUGGUUGUAACGUUUAAUGGCAAACAUUUUUUUAGACUUCUUACUGUUGAUCCACCUGAAGUACACAACAAUUCUUAAAUAUAUUACUUAUUUUGUUCGUACUAGAAAAUCUAGUGAAUACAUCCAUUUAAACACAUAUCAUCUUGUUGAGAAAUUAUAACCCCACAACCAACUCACUACAGGAAUACCUCAAAUGAGAAAAUCACCACAAUAACCAGUAACUAAUUACUAAUAAUUUGUAACUGAUAAGCAGCUAUCAAAGUUUUUUGAGCAAUGAGUCAAAGUUUCUUUUGCUGGGGUCAUUCACCGUUAGUGUUGUUUUUUGUGUGUUUUUUUUAGUCACCCCAUUGCAGACACAGAAAGCACCGCUGCAAAAUGCGCAUUUUCUACCUUCACCAUUUUGGGGUCAAACCCUUUGUGUAUGUUUUUGCUCUUUAAAUGUGGGACAGCAUAGGUGCAUAGACCUUAUUGGGAAUACCCGGCAUGCCUGAUACCCGGUACGUGCCCGUUGGGUGUGGAAUGAGGUGCAUGCUGGGAUAGGUAGCAAUCAAGUUUGAUAGCUAGCUAGACCAACAUGCACCUCAUUCAACAGUUGGCGCUUAGGUAAUGGGUAUUUGCCAAAAAGUCUAUGUAAGUGCGCUGUGCAUCAAGCAAAGGGGUCAGUAGAUAUGAUUACCAAUAUCUCAUUAACCUUCAUUCCAUGCAACUUGAUUAUAGGGGAGUGUGCAAUAGGAGCUGGGAGCAACUUCCGGCUUUCUAAAUCUUUAAGAUAUCGUUCCUUUGCUUAUUUACCGCAUUAUAUUUCAGAGCUGUUUUUUAAGCUCAACCAGCCACUGAAGCUGCCAUGUUAAUUACAGUAGUACUUUUUAGCCCAUCAUUUUAGCGAAGAUUAGAUCUUGUUUUUUUAACUGUGUGAUUGUUUAUUCAGUAUAAAGGGUCCAUUUAAAAAAGAAAAUUAUAAUGCUCAACUUUUCAACCUUUUGAAUUUGUACUUUAUGUUUUUCUUGCCCAAAACCCACAUUGAUGAAAUAGGAACACUUGAUUCUUUGACAUUGGUUGACAAUCAUGUUAAUAUUACAAAGUAUUAUAAUUCUCAUUUUUGAUGUUGCUUUUUCUCACAUGAUCAUAAACUACAGGUCAGAGUCCAAGGCAUUUUGAGGGUUCCUUUGGUUUAUGACCAGAAAAAUAAUAAUAAUUUCUUCUUUUCUUGCGUUUGGCUGAUAUACAGUUUGAAUACAGACCACAACAAGUUUAUUAAAGUUACAAAGACCCACUGUGCCAAAGAUGUUUUUGAAGAAUCCUAUUUUAAGCCUCUUGUGUUAUUAUGCUGCAGAUAUUAGCACAAACAUAAUUUUAUCUUACAUUUGUUGGUUAAACACCUAUACAUUCAAAAUAUGUUGUAAAUUUUACUUGCUCUCAAAUCAAAAUUUAAAGGGUAUUAUUAUUAUAAAUGAGAACUUAUAAAGCGCACAAAUCCAACAAAGUGCUCAUGGCGCUAAAUACAAAGAAUAAUAUUUACAUGUACAAUAAUAGUAACUGUCUGCCUAAAAAAACACGUUUCAUUAAUAGAUACAGGCUUUUCUCUGUCAAUUUCAUUUUAAAAUCAUUCAGUUUAGCACCUCAAUUCAACACCCAAUUAGGUUUCUAUACAAGUGUAUCAGCACGUAUCGAUCAAAAGGAGUAGUUCAAUUUCAAGUUUCAGUAAUCCUGGGUCAAAUAAGAUCAAUCAAUUUCAUUGAGUCCCAUUGAGUUUUAGAAUUAAUGAAAAGAACAAAAUCAUGUGCAUCCGAACAAACGAAAUUGGAUGCAACAGUAGCUAAAAUUAAAUCCCAACAUGAAAAAUCUAGGAAAACAUGAAUGAAUACGAAUGAGUAUUGAUCAAACUGAAUUUUUGCUAAAAUUUACCAAGAACAAAAAUAUUGCUUUUUUUACGAUAAGAAAAACGCACUCAUUUAAAGUUGUCUUGUAUUUGAUUGUCCCUCUUUGAGGCUUACUCAUACAGGUUGAGAAAGAUAUGUCGACCCAGAAAAGGUUUAUUAUGCAGCUUUUGUUAUGGUAUGUAAAUAGAAUCUCAUUCAUACAUUGAAUGUUCACAGAUUUACAAAUAACUUACAGGGUUUACAGAAGGUAGUGGUGAAAUACUUCUCUUGAAAUAUUA